GAAGCCAGCCCCGAGGACCAAAACCGGAUCGCUCAGAUCGCCUUAUCUGCAAGAGUCCAUCUUAGCCGCUACUGGUGGUCGGCAAGUUGCCCGCGCGCGUCCUGGCCGAGGUGGCUGUUCCUGCCCUCCCCAGUUAGGGGCUUGCGGGGGCACACACCCACGCACGCACAGAGUCCACACACUUCAGAUUCUCAAACUCCACACGCACAACUGCCAAGGGCCAGAAGAGAGGAAGUGUGGGUCCGACGUUUGGCCGCGCGUGUAGGACGUAGAAUUGCACGGGCUUCGUCGUUUGACGCGCGUCCUCAGCAAGGAGAGAGAGCUUGCAAGCUUCGCAGCUAUGGCCGCCGCCACCGCCGCCCAGCUCUCCUCCGCGGCGAGCGUAGCCGCCCUCUCCACCACGAAGGCAGGAAAGGUGGGAUUCUCAAGCAGCAAUGGAAUCCUAUCUUCGACGAAGGGGCUGGGACUUGCUCCUCCUCUCUCUCCUGUGCACAAGCUUCGAUUGGGUAAGACUGUGUGCCAGGCAGCGGCUGCAGGCGGACGGGUGCCAGAUAUGGGAAAGCGUGUGCUCAUGAACUGGCUUCUGGCUGGUGCUGUCAGUCUUCCUGUCGCAGGCAUGGCUGGCCCAUACCUCUACUUCUUCGUCCCCCAGGGGUCCGGAGGUGCAGGUGGUGGAGUGACCGCCAAGGAUGAGCUUGGCAACGACGUCAUCGCGUCAAAGUGGGUGAAGGCCCACUCCUCAGGCGACAGAUCCCUCGCCCAAGGUCUCAAGGGAGACCCGACGUACAUCGUUGUGGAGGACCAGGGGCAGAUUGCAACUUUCGGUAUCAAUGCCGUCUGCACUCACCUUGGAUGUGUAGUGCCGUGGAACAAAGCUGAGAACAAGUUUAUCUGCCCAUGCCAUGGUUCUCAGUACAACAACCAAGGGAAGGUUGUCCGCGGGCCGGCCCCGCUGUCACUUGCUCUGGCUCACACCGAUAUAGUGGACGACAAGGUUAUUCUUACGCCGUGGACUGAAACGGACUUCCGUACAGGCGGGGACCCCUGGUGGUCCUAGACUACCGUACAGUCAUGACUGUCAUAUCCAAAAAAUUGAUGGCCAUGGCUAUCUACUUGGUACUUUGCAAGACGUUGUUUUGAGAAUCUCAAGGACUGCUGGAAUAGAGUUGUAUUCCUUUAUUUGUCUCAUCCUUCUGUCAAGUUCUCACGUUACCCCAGCCAAUGUUACAGUUAUUAAAGUGGCUGCUUUCUUCUGCCGCCACAUUCCUACGGAUGAGACUCUCCAGGCUGGCAUCCAACAGCUUUGAAGUAAAAAAACUCCAUCUUAUCUUGUGUAUAUUUCGUUUUCAUGCUUCCGUUGAAUCAAUUGUUGACAUUCUUGUCGAAGUGGCUAUUUUUAACAGGUUUUUCUUUUUGUGCGUGUCAGUGUUUUCUUUUUCUUUUCGUCCGUAUGUGGAGCGAAGUGGGAGAGGGAAUGGAAGGGAAAGGCACCACCUUGCUGCCUGUCAAUCAAUGUGCACGAGUCAA